AUGCUUGUUUUACUAGACCUAUCAUUCAACAUAAUCAUAAAAUUGAAUGAAGAUUCAUUCGCAGGACUUCAUAAUCUGCGGUUUCUUGAUCUCAAUAGUAAUUUACGACAGCGUUAUCGUUCUAGUUUAAUGUUACCAAGAAAUGUAUUUAAACAUUUAGUCAAUCUUACUUUAUUGGAUCUAUCUUACAAUAACAUAAGGUCAAUUCAUCAAUACGCAUUUAAUGGACUUGUGGAACUGCAGCACCUUAAAUUCAACAGUAAUGAGUUAGGGAAAAUACCAAAUGGCACAUUCCAAUACACACCAAAUCUCGUUAUUCUUGAGUUAGUUUAUAACUCAAUAUAUAAUGUAACCAAAGGAAUGUUCACUGGACUUGGAAAUCUGCAUCAACUUUAUCUCAAAGGCAACUACAUGCGCAGUAUUCAAAACAAUGCGUUCCAGUCGUUAAUCAAUCUAAUUGAAUUGAAUUUAUCUUUUAAUUUGUUACAUUCAGUAAAUAGGCUAAUGUUUGCUGGACUUCCAAAGUUGCGUCAUCUGUAUUUAGGCUUCAAUAAUAUAAACAAGAUAUCAAAUCAAACCUUUGAAAAUUUGACAGAUCUUAGAUUACUAGAUCUAGCCAAUAACAUGCUACAGUCACUAAAUGAAAAGACUUUUACAGGACUUAAAAACCUUCAAGUUCUCAGACUCAACAACAAUAACCUGAGGUAUACUACGGAAUGGCUGCCUCCAGGAUGUUUUAAAGCGUUAGAGUCACUCAGACAUCUUUCGAUUCAAAUGAAUAAUCCACGAAAUGAAAUCGAUACUUUUAUUCUUCCAGAUGAGACAAUUAAAGAUUUAAAAAUGUUGGAAAACCUUACGUUAGAUGCUAAUGCUAAUGACGAAAGAAUUCUAGAUGAAGAUCGAGCAUUUGUACUGAAUGAUUGCAUUGAAAAUCUUGAAAACGACGGAAAUUUGAAGUUAUGUGUUCAUCACCGUGAUUUUGUUCCAGGAGAAGACAUAUCAGAUAACAUUAUACAUGCAAUAGAAAGCAGUCGAAAGACAGUAUUUGGCACAAUUGAUAUGUUAGAGUUACCACCAGAGGUUCAGCAGCAUUUUGACAAUGGUGAAUUCACCAUUCGGCAGGUGUCUGGGAGAUACAAAGGGAUUUGGAAGAUAUGGCCGUGGAAAAAACUGUGA